ACUGAAUGCUUCUACGAGUUUCAAGAAAUUGUUGCCACGCCCUACUUUUCCUGCCUUUUUGAGAUUCAAAGAUCCCGUUGAGACGACAACUGACAUUUUGAAAAGCAUCGAUAGUUUGCCGAUAUCGCUGCCGAUAGGUUAUGGUCCGCUCGAGGAAUUUGAUCAAGUGGAGCUGCUUACCAAGUUCAAGAUGCAAACGAAGCAGAACGGUCAUCCUAUCGCAAAAAAUACAUCAGCAAAUGACCAGGUGGUAAAUUCGCAAAGACUGGAAUUUCCAGAUACAGCUCGCCACAAUGAAAUUCAAAACUUGUGCACGAUGCUGAUGGAAAUGUUUCUUCCUGCGAAGAUGAGACUCUUGCCAUGUGAUUUGACACAGAAAGAGAGAUUCCACAUGGCCAAAAAAGUGUUUAGCGCUGGAAAAUUUGCCAUUCCAGGAAUUCUUCGCGAUGGAGUAAAAACGUUGUUCGAGGAAGGCUGUGGUCUUCACAAACGUCACGGAUUUCCUCCAUUAACCCCCGAACUGUUACUUCAACAACAUGUGAACAUUAUACCAUUCCCGUCAUACUUCAAAAAGCUUUACGAAUUCCUUGUCGAAUUCAAUCUGGGUAACCCAGAAACCAGUAGCUUGACUAAGGGAAACAAAAAUUGCGAAAAGUUUGCUUUGACCAACAACCUUAGCGAUCUUUCUUACAUUUCACGGCAAGUCGAAAUCGCUGUUCGACAUCUACCAGAUUUGCUUACGGAUUUGAACGGCGAGGGACUUGAUCUGUUGAUAAGCUAUCUGAGACCGUUAUUUGCUAACGAAAACACUCAACUGCAAGCGUUUUUACAUCUGUUUGAACCACUGGCGGCGCGUUUAGGACCACAGCGAACAAAAAAGACAUUCCUGAAGCAAUUGCUGAAGCAUUACGAUGUACGAGCGAGCAACGCUUCGGUUUUACUCUUUCAUCAGUCGUUCUUGUCGAAACUGAUCGUGCGAUUUGGCAUGGAUCAGUUUCUUGACCAUUUUCUUUCCUUUAUCGUCGAUGCAUUGAACUCAUCAAACAGAGACCCACAGGUAAAUGUCGAUACCUGCAGUCAAGAAGAGGUGCAAGGAGCUGUUCUUGAAGAUGACAAGGACCCUGUUCCGAGUGAUGCAGGGGAAGCACAAAACGAACUUAGUGAGAAAUCCAAUGGUGAAAAUGGUGAAUCUAGUGGUCAAAAUAUUGAACACGCGAACGAAUCUGGUGAUGUAAGCGAUAAAAGUAAAAAUCAGGCGUACAGUGAACCAGGGACGGCCGCUUCUAGACCGUCAGAAAAAUCGAGUGGGAUUGCAGAAGCUGGUGAUCAAACAUAUGAAAGCCGUAAGGACGCUACUGCGAACUUUGAUGAAAAUACCUGCAUAGAAAAUUCUGGAAAAGAAAAAUGUGACCGCUUGGAUCUAGAGCCGGGUGUUGACACGACUGAUUGUGCUUAUGAUAUUAACUUUUACCCAAAAUCAGGAAACAUACAAGAAGACUUCUUGAGUGACGAUGAAGAAGAGUAUGGCUACGAAAAUGACGUGGAUGAGGACGAUGACGAAGUUGGAACGAUUGAAAAAAACGAUGCCAUCUUUAACCGGUCGUUUCCGACCGUAGCACGACGAGACUCCGACGAUGACUGGGAAAGAAUUGCCGAUUCGGACUUCAGUUUGGAACGGUCCGUCUCGUUUCACUCGGAGCAUUUGGAAGACGACAAGGAGGACGUAGAAAUAAUUGAUAAUGCUAUGGAACGUGAAAUACCCGAAGCUGCAGCAGAAAGCAUUUGUUGUUUCACACCAAGACUUGGACCACUGCUGACAUCGAAUCACAUCAUUAAACCGCUUUUAGGUUUGCUGGUGAAAUGUUAUGUUGGCGUUGUUGGAUUGGGCGAUAAAGGAAUGCUGAUUGGGGACACUAAUGCUAAGUGGAUAUUGCGUUGUAUAAGGUCUUGUGCCGAAGUUUAUGGCGAAGCUGUUGUUGUUCAUCAGUAUUUGCCUUUUGUUAUGUCUAAGAUCAAUAUCUCGUCAGAGCACGUGAGUGUGAAAGGUGAAGCAAAUCUUGCUGGAGCGCUUGUUCUUGUCAGGGAAUAUAUUACUUGCAUUUCCCAAGAUUCAUUGCUGCAACAGUUUGAGAUGCUCUGUUAUCAAGCUCUGGAUCUGGUCCUUUGUUUAAUAUCGUCUGCGACGAUAACUUUUGCAAGCGAAGCUCCUGCGAGGACCUUCCUCGCCUUGCUCAUCCUCGAUAUUCUUCAAGUUGUAUGCGAAAUCUUUGAGCGACCUUCGGCCCAGGACCUUCUCUCGCCUCUGAUCGCCACAUUGUUUUCCUGUUUCGAAUUUGGUUCCACUCCUACGUCCCCAAACAAAGACAGCUCGCCAGGACAGCCUUGCGCGGACGAGAUACGCGAAACCUUCAACGCAUCGUUGGCGUAUAACUUGUACAUCACUCUAUGUAAAUGCCUCGGGGACACGUACAUGACAGCGACUUUGGAUAAGAACAACGAGAUGAUAUGGCAGUUGUGCUGUUCGGUAGACAAAGCAUUGUCUAAUCACACGCCGAAGGCAAUGACACCAACGGAUACAGAACCUAAACCGAAGCCGUUUGAUUCAGAAAGUAGCUACUUGGCUGAGCCAGAAACUCGAAAGGUUGCGAAGAGUGCUAGCCUCGAACGAAGUGAUGCUUUUCAACAGGAAAAAAGAGCAAAAACGACAUUUGUAUCGUCGAGACAACAUUUGACUGGGAACUGGUUGAAGUAUUGGAAGAGUCAUUUAGGAAAAAGAAAAAAGAUUGAUGGAGACUCGUUUUCACAACUGAAGCUUCAAACUUUCGCUGGACACAGUGACGUUGUGAAAGAUAUCCAUAUUCAGGACAGUGAACAUUUGUUUCUGUCCGCCAGCCGUGACAAAACUGUCAAACUGUGGCUACUCAAUAACCAUGGCGACGGAACUGGCCAAUCAGCGUGCUCCUGGACAACGUACGAUCAUCGUAAGCCAGUCUUUGCUGUUGACGUCAUAGACGUUAUGAGACAAGCAGUCUCGUGCGAUGGAUCUGUUCAUUUUUGGGACAUACCUACAGGGUCGUCUGUUCUUAAACUCAAGUUUCAGAAAAGCAAAGAAGCGGUUGCUAUGGCAACCCUGCCAUGCCCCAGUCCUUGCUUGGUCACUGGGAUGCAAAAUUCAACUGUCAGAUUCAUUGAUUCUCGUGAAGGUAACUUUGGACACACGUGGAAAGUAACCAGCAACGGCCUCGCAGGUAAUAUCCGAAGUCUGUGUGUUACGCAAGACGGUACGUCCAUGGCUGUCGGAUUCUCCAGUGGAUCUUUGUCAUUGGUUGAUCUUCGAGGAGGAAUUCUGACCAGGCAAUGGAAAGCACACGAGGCUGAAAUUAUACAGGUUAAACCGUACACAAAUUCAAGUUAUGUAACGUCAUCAUCGACACAAAAGAUGGAGUUAUGGGGAAACGAUGCUGUUUCGCUGUGUUCACUUCCCACUGUCACCGGCUCAGGGGAGACGAUUCAGAGCAUCCAAAUUCACGACAAGGUGAUCGUUUCGUUGGCUGGAAACAAUCGCAUAGCGUGGCAUACGUUCACUGAUAAAGAGCCAACGUAUACCCACCUUCGCCUUGGUAGUGAUGUUUUUAAGGGGAACAUGACAUGUUUUGGAGUUCUUCCACUAAAUAGAGGUUAUCUCCUGGGCAGUGACAAUGGUAACAUCACGCUGAUGGGAUAGAUCUUACAUCUAUAUAUUGCAUGUUAUGUCAUUGCGAUGUGAUUCGCGUUCCGCGUUUGUUGCUCCCUCGAUUUCAUUUUUCUUUUGAAAAAUUUUCCAACUAAGUUGAGACAGUCGUUUCCCGAUGAUCCAUCAGGAACGAUUUGAUUAUUUUUAUAUUCGUUUUAAAUUCGUAAUUGAAAUUUAUACAGAGUUUGUUCAAAUUUAUCACCAUAAAUCACCAGAAUGAUCUGCGAGGUAAAACGUCUAGUCCAGAACACACGGAUCUAAUCCUGAAUCUAAUCCUUCGAGUUUAGUAGUUUGAUAAGAGUUAAGGUCAGAUUUAGGAUUAUAUGCAGGAACUUUGCAACAAACAUUUUACAAUAACCAGCGUUUAUUCCAUGUGAUCUUUUAAAGCAAAUUGAAUCAAAAGUAAAUUAAGACCUCGAUAAAACUCCAUAGGAUUUCAUCGAAUGACAUUUAAUAAGAAAUAGAAAAUAUUUUCCGUGUUUCUAUACAGUUUUAGU